AUCUAUUGUCAUGUGUUCUUGUGAAACGCAUGAUGAAUGCGUUUGUCUUCUGCAUUAUUCUGAUCUUCUUCUAAGAAAACACAAUGGCAGUACGGCGUCGGUCUUCCUGCUUGUAUUUCACCGGAUUAUAGUGAAGCCUCAGGAAGCACCUUAUCUUUCAGAUAUUGUAGCACAAGGAGACACAGCUGUUGAGUUCGGUCAAGAUGCUUCUUUCUCUUGUGCGCUGUCAGAUGCGUCUGGUGUCAAACAAGUCACCUGGCAGCGGGUGCGUGACACGGAACCGGUACAAACUCUGGCUACAUACAGCGACCUCUUCAAGGUUCACAUGGAUGAUCAGUAUGUCGGAAAAGUCAAUUUCACAGCAUCGUCAGUUGAUUCAACGUCCAUUGAGAUCAAAAACACGACAUUUGAAGACGAGGCUUGCUACAUUUGUUCCUUCAAAGUGUAUCCACUCCAACCUAAACGACAAACCUUGUGCCUCACUGUUAAAGGUAUAUCAGAAAUAACAGCAUCAGUGAAUCCUGCACCUAGUUCUGAUCCAGAUGUUGUAGUCUCAUGUUCAGCCACUGGUAAACCGGCUCCAACUAUCCUCUGGAAAUCUGCAGAGAAAGAGUUGAACAACUUUAGGUCAAGUAAUUUCACAACUCUCAACAAAGACAGUUCAACCACCAUUACGAGCAACCUCACGCUUCCACUGUCACAGUUUCAUGGGAAGUAUGUGGAAUGUGUGGCUCAGAGUGACGGCAUAGAGAAGAGCGUCCAAAUCUUUGUGCCUGAUGAAGAGAACAAAGAGAAUAAAGUCACAAUAAGAAAUUAUAUCAUUCCGAUGCUGGUCUUGAUUAUUAUCAGUAUUGUCAUUAUCGUCAUAUAUCUUCACACCAAGUUAAAUGAUAAAGAUGAUCAAAAAUCAGCUUGUUUGGCUUGAACUACUGUGCAACUGUUACUUUAUUCAGAAUUGAUCAAUCUCUCUGAUGCUACUUUUGUCAUCUGCUAAAAAAAAAAGUCAUUUCAUGUUUACAUUUGUGAAUAAGCUAAUUUUUAGAUAAUAAUAUAAAUAAUAUCUGGUUACCUGAGAUAGUCUGCAUUUCUCCACAGUUUCUACAUCCUGCAUCUGCACUUUAAGUUCUUUCAACCUGACAUUCGGUAUUAUUUAUUGUUGUGAGAUUUGUCUAUAGGAUUUUAAAUAAUUCUGUUACAGCUGUCUGUCUUGGAGUAAUAUGCUCAAUUUAAUUUUAAGCAGUAAAUCAUUUUGUAUUUAUGUUCAUGCUACCAAUUCAGAAAUUGUAUAUCAAAUAGAAUAGAUUUUUUUGUGCGUGUGUAUAUAUAUAUAUAUAUACACACACACAACCUUUUGUAAAUGUGGAUUUCGUGUGGUUUUCAACAAUUUCAUAUAUAUGUUGAAUAUGUUCUUAUCUAUACUAGGUAUAGUCCAUAUAGGUGUCAAUUUCUAUUACUGAAACUCACUGAGCCAGACAUGAAAAUGUGCAAGCCACAAACUAUUAUAGCACUCAAACGUCUUUCCACUAAUCUACAACAAACUGACAUGCUGUUCAGCAAAGCUGCAGCUCACCCGUCCAUAAUGCUCAAAGUUCUCUAAUAAAAUAUUCUUGUUGGAUCCAGAAGUACAUUCCUGAAUCAUCAAUCAAUCACUGAUGACUAACCCACCACAAAAAGCAAUAGAAUAAUUAUUGCAUCACUGUUAGAGAACACAUUCCUUUUCAAAUUCCUUUGUAUCUAUUGCAUAUUCACAACCC